AAUGACCGGAAGAAAAGUACGAGGAUCUCCCCAAAAUGGCGGCAGUGGUGUCGGGUCGGGAUGAGUGCCCGUCUGUCCGUCACACGCUAACCUAGCCAGACGACCCUGUCUGCAGACGAUACCUUCUCCUAGACGCUGACAGGAUGGCCUGGGAACUUGGGCAUCGAGCCAGCAAGGUUACGUUCCAACGUUCGGUUCUCAAGCUCCCGUUUUGAUCGCACGCGACGAGCGACUAUCAAGGGUCACUUCACAGGGGAGGGCGAACCGAUUUUCCCAUAGCUGGCGAUUCUGUCGUCUGAAACUCCCAAAGGACCCGCUCUCUUUCAUACUUCCGCUGGAGACUUGAGAAGGCUGUAGUAGGUGUGGUACCUGUCGGCGUUACGUGUUGUUGUUGUUUUUGAUGAUCUGACGACGUCUGGGUGUGAAUUGAAAUUAUGGCGAACGGAAAACGUCUGGACAUAAACGUGGCAACAGUAGAAGACUUGGAGCGGCUGAAGGGAGUCGGCCGCGCCAAAGCUGAGGCGAUCAUCGAAGCUAGAGAGGUCCAGGGAGGUUUUGACAACCUGGAAGCCUUGACGAGAGUCCCCGGGGUGGGAACCAGCAUACUGGAGCUGAACCGUGGGACCCUGGUCUGUCACACCGGCACCAGCCCCAGGAGGAGCCCACACAGGAUAUUCAGUAGGACCUUAGAGCUGAGGGGCCGAGAACUGACCAGGCCUAGCACCAGUAGGGCCAUCUCUCCACCGGCCGAAACGGAAAGGCCCGAGACUUCUUCAGCAAUGCGAACACCAGAGAGAACGCCGCCGGUUAGUAAGACUGCGCCGCAGAAGAGCGAGGGAAGACACAAGCCGUCGAGAAUCCCUGUACCGAAGGGGGUGUCGUCGUGUAUCAAAAACCUGAUGAAGCGGAAAUCUGAAUCCGGUCCUGACUUGCGAGGGCUCUCCCCUGGAAAGAAGCCGUGUCGAGUGGCAGAAAUACCCAGUUGCAGCUACCCCAGCCUGCUGAACAUCCAUGGCUCAGCGCACACGUUUGGUGACGUCAGGGCGCCGAGUAGCACACAGGUGCCGCGCCGGCGAAUCACGGGUGUGGAGCCACCUCCCAACCUCCAGGACUGGCUACAGACAUUCCAGAGCUGGAGUGGCCCAGAGCGACUGCUGGCCCUGGAUGAGCUGAUCGACAGAUGUGAGCCCACCCAGAUCAAACAUGUCAUGGCUGUCAUCGAACCACAGUUCCAGAGGGACUUCAUCUCUCUGCUGCCAAAGGAGCUGGCCCUGUACGUCCUAUCCUUCCUGGACCCCAAAGACCUCCUGCAGGCUGCCCAGACGUGUAAGUACUGGCAGACGCUGGCUGAGGACACCUUACUGUGGAGGGAGAAGUGUCGCGAGGCCGGCAUCGACAAGCCCCACUACGGAGGAAAGACUCCACGAAGACGAUCGCCAUCUACCGUUGUCAGAAAUCCGUGGAAGGGCGCCUACCUCAGGCAACAGCAGAUAGACUUCAACUGGAGGGCAGGCGAGGUCAGAACGCCAAAGGUGCUAAAGGGCCAUGAUGACCACGUGAUCACAUGUCUUCAGUUCGAGGGUCAUCGAGUGGUCAGUGGGUCUGACGACAACACGCUAAAAGUCUGGUCUGUUCUAAAUGGCAAGUGUUUAAAAACGUUGGUAGGGCACACGGGCGGCGUGUGGUGUUCUCAGAUGAAGUACAAUAUCGUGAUCAGCGGGUCCACAGACCGAACGCUGAAGGUGUGGAACGCAGACACGGGACAGUGCAUCCACACGCUGUACGGACAUACCUCAACUGUCAGGUGCAUGCACCUGCAUAAAAACCAGGUUGUUAGCGGUUCGAGAGACGCGACGUUACGGAUAUGGGACGUGGAGUCUGGCGCGUGUCAGCACGUGUUGAUGGGGCACGUGGCGGCCGUGCGGUGCGUGCAGUACGACGGGAGGCGCGUGGUCAGCGGCGCGUACGACUACAUGGUGAAGGUGUGGAACCCGGAGACCGAGGAGUGCCUCCACACGCUACAGGGACACACCAAUAGGGUCUACUCUUUACAGUUUGACGGCACACAUAUAGUGAGUGGUUCACUGGACACGUCUAUACGCGUUUGGGACGUGGACUCGGGGAACUGCCUGCACACGCUGAUCGGUCACCAGUCUCUCACCAGCGGGAUGGAGCUACGAGACAACAUCCUGGUGUCGGGUAACGCCGACUCCACCGUCAAGAUCUGGGACAUCACCACGGGACAGUGUCUACAGACAUUACAAGGGCCCAACAAGCACCAGAGCGCGGUGACGUGCCUGCAGUUCAACAAGAAGUUUGUCAUCACGAGCUCGGACGAUGGCACCGUCAAAAUCUGGGACCUGAAGACGGGAGAGUUUGUGCGGAACCUGGUCACGUUAGACAGCGGAGGCAGCGGUGGCGUGGUUUGGAGGGUCCGCUGCUCGAACACGAAACUGGUUUGCGCGGUGGGGAGCAGGAACGGGACGGAGGAAACGAAACUGUUGGUGUUGGACUUCGACGUACAGGAACAGGACAGAGAAAGGAAAGAGAAGGAGCGGGUCAUGUGACGAAGGCCUUCUUCGCGUGUGUUGUCAAGAGUUGCGUGCGCUACAUGCAGGGAAAUCAGGACAAGACGGGCCAUUUCGACGCUAGGAAAAUAACAUUUGUAUAGACGAGUUUAACAUACAAAUGUACUGACAAUUGAGAAUGUCAUAUGAUUGUUAUUCACUGCCAUGUUCGGUUAGCCUCUACGAGGCUUCGAGAGGCGGCUGGAAAGAGUAGAAAUUGGCCAAAUAGACAGAAAACAUGCCAGUGGAGUUGGUCUGCUGGGAGAGUACAAAUCAUUUGAUCUGGCAUGUCAUCUCUGUAUUUGGCCGAUUUGUACUAUAUUACCAGUUGCCUCCCAAAGCCUAGUAGAGGCUAAUGUUAGAUGUCCGUUGUGCAUCAUUUUUGUUACUGCCUGUUACUUUAGUUACGUUAUUUUGUAGAGUUGAAGACCAAUUGUUAUGUAUAACAUACAGAAGAUGCAAUAAUGCCUACGUUACGCAGUACUGCAGUUGUUUUUUUUUGUGGUAUGUUUACCCCCGCAAUUGUGCCAAGCAAUAUUCUGGUGUCUGUCCAGGAUCUUGCUCUGUUUUCCCUGUGGUGGGCCGGUGUAAAUAAGCGGUGCAGUAACAAUGUCACACUGUAUAUAGUAGGGGGGGAUUCAUUCCUCAAGCUACGGACAUCUUGCACACGCAGUCGUCCCUCAGCAAGACAGUUAGAGCUGCAUAGUUACCGUUUAGAACUUUUAUUCAGCCUGUCAAACGACCGGUUU